UGUGUUGAAAACAGUUUAAUAAUAUGCGAUCGCUAAAGUCGAUACUAGCAGUCUUGUCUUUUCGCUAAUCACUUUCAGUAACCCAACGCCAAAUAAAAAGAUAUUAUUCUCGCUAAUCAGCAAUAAACCCAACUGGUGUUUGAGAUGCAGACGCCUCAAGUGUUCAUCAAUUUUCGGGGAGAAGACGAACGGCGGAAAUUACUGCCACAUCUCGUAUAUCACUUGAAAGCUAGCACUAGCGAUGUGAAUGUGGUCACGGACGACGAAAUUACUGGACAGCCGCUCAAGAGACUCUUCAACCUUAUAAGAAAUUCUUGGAUGGUGAUCGUAAUCUUCUCAGUGAGCUACUUGGAGUCAGACUGGUGUUUGAACGAGCUGGUUGAGAUCAAAAGAUGUUUACAGACGGAGAAGAUUAAGUUCGUCAUACCUCUCUUCUACAAAGUAACGAGUACCGAGGUUAAGGAACAGAAGGGAGAGUUCGGAGCAAAAUUUACAACGUUACAGAAUUCGUUUCCUGGUAUGGUCAAUAAAUGGACGAAAGCUUUGGUAUUUGUCGCUGGAUAUGGUGGGUUGACUUAUGAAGAACCAAGUCCAGUUUCUGAGUUGGAUUUCAUCAAGACAGUCGUCGGAAAGGUUGAUCGAAUUUUUGCAGAAAGCGAACCAAACGAGAUAUUUGAUAAGUCACAACUUCACUUGUCAAAGACACUGGAAGCUCUGAAUCUGGAAAGAUCUUAUUUUCAAGGAUUCAUGCACGGCUCGGCAUGGAAAGAUCUUAUCUCGUUCGUGCAGAGUAACAACCGUUUCGAGAUACCUCUUCCUGAGAGCUCUAUUAAUCAGUUUCCUAUGAAUCGUCAGAGAUUCGAUUUACAAGCACAAAGAAAUGAAUCAUUAGAGGAUGCUACAAACAUUCUUGCCCUUCACAUGAUGCGUAAGCAGCCACAACCUACAUUGAUCUUCAGUAACUGGGACAAACUAGACCACCAGACGAAGAACUAUAUCAUCUACUCUGCAGAUAUGAAAAGCAAGAUGAUCAAGAGCUGCAAUGGGGAUGUUGAUUCGAAGCCUCUCUUUCGUUCAAAUUUUUCUCCCUCCGUUGAAGAACUAAUACGGAACAAGACGUUAGAGCCUCAGGUUUGGCCACACCGUGAUCAUAGACGCGCCAACUCAUUUCAUGACAACAGAGAACCAUUUUACCCAUUGCCUUCUGAAAGGGACUGGCCGGUGGAACCCCUGGUCGAACCCCCGGUCAAACCCCAAGUCCAACUCGAACCCCCGGUCAAACCCCAAGUCCAACUCCCGGUUAAGCCCCCAGUCGAAACCCUGCAGGUCGAAAUUCAAGGGAGAAAUGACAACACUGGUCAGAGAAAAGUUGUGCCAAAGAGGCGAGACGACAACCCGGGGUGUUUUACAUCUCUAUGUUACUGUCUCAAGAGCUGUGUGUGUUUGACCUAAGGAGCAAAAAUAUGAUCUGGUGGAUUGGCCGACAUAAAACUUCCUUUGCAAGCAAUACCGGUUUUAUCUUUUACUUGUGGCAUGCGCAAAAGCCAUUGUAUCACGUUCUGACAUUGCGGUCAUACUUCUUUAUAUAGGUUUUCUUUUACUUUA